UUAAAUUUCAAGAUAGACUAUUUUCAUUACAUUCGACAACGAUAAUUUCUUUUUAUUUUCUAGAUUUACAAUGAAACAUCCCGCAGCAACACCACAGCUCCAAUGUGCAGAGACUGUUGCCAUUUUUCGAAGUCUGAACAACUCUGUUCAGGUCAUUGUGGAUACGAAAGUGAUGGACUAGUUUGUGAUGAGUUCUGUGACAAGAACAACGAAACGAUGUUCCACACAGAUACGAGCCUAACUCUUAUUGUCCACUACCAUACCAGGUGUGGGACGUGCACAGCGAAGAAGGAAGAAGUUGGAUUCUGGAUGGUUUUCACUGCUUACAAACUUAAUGCAGGUCAUGACUCCUCUUGUGUUUUACCAUCCGAAUUCAAGUGUGACAAUGGUCGUUGCAUUUGGUCCGGACUAACUUGUGACGGCUACAACAACUGUGGCGACAACAGUGACGAGAACAACAGUGGGAACUCUCAUUGUGCCGAGUUUCCUAAUCCAGUGAAAGCAGUAAUAGUAGGCAGCGCUGUGAUAGUAACUGUACUACUGGGAGUAGUAUUAGCAUAUUUACCAAAAAUGUCAUUUCAUCUGUUCCUCAGGAAGAGAAGAUCGAGAGCAUUCAGAAUUUCCCAAAGGAACGAAAAAAAGAAGCCCAUUCCUCCUUCGUCCCUUCCUCAGAAAAAACCAUCACAUUCCAGAACUGUAAGUUUCCAAACACCUCUGCCACAGAUACGAGAGCUUUCUAUAUCAGAAUCAGAAGUCUGAUAUCGUUCUGAGAACUUUCCACGUCCCAAUCAGAAGUCAGGGAGUGUUCUAAGAAGGCUUCUUGAUUAUGUUAUGAGAGAGUUUUAUAAGUCGGUGGAAAUGGAUCUCAUGAAUUUUAAAACAAUGUAGUGUUUUUUAUUUCUCUCUCUGAAGGAAAACAUUGUUGUUUUUCCUUAGAGUGUAUUUCACUUUCUUCAUAAAGUAUGGGAUCAUUUUCCCAUAUGAAAUAAAUGAGAUGCAUUAGAACAAGAUGUAGAAUUCGACCGAAAUUGAAACUGCAAAAAUGCGGAGAAAAUCGCUUUCUCUAAAAGCUUACGAAUGAAUUCUGAAGAAAUUAGUGCAAUGAGAUGACGAGAAAAAUCAUAUUUUUAAUGAGUUUUAUGUAAAAUGCCAUCUGUGAAUUUUAAAACAAUUGAAAUAACAGAAAUGUAUGGAAAAUAGAAAUGUUGAGCGAGUUGUGAGAAAAUUUAGAUAAGUGAAUUUUAAAGAAAAUGAAAUGAACAUUUCACACUGGUUAAUGUGUUUUAUAUAAAUUUUCAUUCGUGAAAUCUAAAGAAUUGAGAACAACGAAAUGUAGGAGUUUCCACAAUGUUUAAUGAGUUUUAUAUAAAGUUUUAUUAGUGAAUUUUAAAGAAAUUGAAACAACGAAAAUGGCGAGAAAAUUCCAACGUGUUUGUCCACAUUGUUUAAUGAAUUUCAUGUAACUUUUCCUCGUGAGUUCUAAGGACUUUAAAACAGAAAUAAUCAAUAAGAGAAAUCACUUUUAAAUAAUUUUUAUUUUCCAAGUAUUUAAAAAUAUUGAUAUACGGAAAAUGCGUGGAAUUUAUUAUUUAAUUAAGAUUAAUUCUAAAGUAAAUAAAACAUGAAAAAUGAAGAGAAUGAUGUACUUAAUGGUUAUUUUGUUGAGUUAGAAAAUUCACUAAGCAAGUUGUAAUAAUAGAGACAAAAUGUAUUGCAAGUCUUGUUUAAAUUUCAGAAAAUACCAUGUCUUCACAUUGUUUUUGUAGAACUGUAAGCAAUGGUUUAGAAGACUAUGCAUAUUUAUCAAAGAAACAAUUUUCAGAAUAUAAAAGAAAAUCGACUUAAUGACACUGGUGGAAUACAGUGUCUAAAUUUUUUUCUUUAAUUACGAACAAAGUAUGCAAAUUCAUAAAAUAAAAUUCAUAAAUCAUUCUGCAUGCUUGUGGAAUACAGUGCAGACAUUUUUAUCCUUAUUCAUGGACAAAGUAUAAAAAUGUAUGAAAUAAAAUUCAUAAUUCAUUCUGUACGCUGGUGGAAUCUGCCGACAUUUUUAUAAUUAAUCAUGAACAAAAUAUACAAAUUCAUGAAAUAAAAUUCAUAAAUCAUUCUGUAUGUUA